ACACACAGCUUGUUUCUUCCUCCCCUCACUCAGACUCUGAGGGAUCGUAAUAGUCGCUGAGACAGAGAGAGAGAGACGGGCUCAGCCCUUUCCCUCGUUCACUUUCUGUCUGUCUCUGCUGGAUGCUGUCUCUCUCUCUGUCUCUCUCUCUGUCUCUCUCUGUCUCUCUCUCUGUGUCUCUCUCUGUCUAUGCGGGACGCUGUCUCUAUCUUGGAUCAGGUCGUGGAAUAUGAACGCUUGUGUAAAGUUCUCGACUCUGUGGAAGUACACACUCUGAGCUGAAGGUUGUGAGUUCCAGUCCCAUCUCAGCUACACACUCACUGAAGAAGAUAAUAAAGCGUGUAAUGCAUUAACACUGAGAUUUCCUCUGAACACUUUACAGAGUGAUGAUAACACGUGCGCACUUCAAGCACAAGGAGAUGGGUUUCGUUCUUCACGUGCUGCUGUAGAACCCAAACUCAGCAGAAGUGUGUGUGUGUGUGUGUGUGUGUGUGUUGAGUGCUGAUGGAUCUGCGUGUUGGUGAGCGUGUGAUGCGCCCGGGUUCAGACACACUGCUGUCACCACUGCUGCUCAGUCCAUUUAACCCUCAACACUGUGCCCAGUACAACCAACACGUCCGGUUGAACAUGCAGCAGCAUCUGCGAGAUCAGGAACAGACAAAACAGCAGCUACAGAUGAUACGGCACAAAGAUAAGAGUCAGCAGAGUGCCGUGGCCAGUUCAGUGGUGAAGAAGAAGUUGGCUGAAGUGAUUCUGAAGAAGCAGAAACAGGCAGCGCUGGAGAGGACGAGCUCAAACCCGCUCACCAACACUGUGGCCUACAGAGAGUUGGCUCCAGAUCCCAACGUUCCUCUGCAGCCGCUGUUCUCGUCUCCUCCACAGACACUCAGUGAUGGAGCAGAAGAUCCUCCACUGCGGAGAGCAACCUCUGAGCCAAACCUGAAGAUGAAGUUGAAGAAACAUCUACACACUCGGAAGAGUCCACUAACACGGAAGCAGAGCGCCCCGCCCACCGUCAAACCCCACAGACCCGACACACACGACUCGUCUCCCAGCAGCAGUAGUACUCCUGUAUCAGGCUGCAGUUCUCCUAAUGACACGCUGCCCGGUGAGAACGGAGCACUGCCCCCUACUGCCAGUUUGACACAUGAGGCUCAGAGGGUUUUACUCUCUGAUGGAUCUGUAGCUCAUUUCUCUGUACCGACUCCUUCCACUCUCCCCACCAUCACACUGGGACUUCCAGCUCAUGCCAAGGCGGAGGGGGAACUAGGUUCUCUGAAACUAGGUCGGGUUCCUCUGGUAUCAUCGGGGUCUCCACUGUUUGUUCCUCUGGGUGUUGAAGAGCAGAACUUGGUGCAGCCCGUCCUUAUCCUGGAGCCGUCUGGACUCGUCCACACUCCACUGCUCACUGUUCCAGGUCUGGCUCCAGUACCUUUGCAUGUCAGCGCUGCUCACAAACCGCUGAGCCGUACACGGUCUGAGCCGCUGCCUCCUAGUCCCCGUGCCAUACACACACACCUGCUGCAACAGCAACACAACACACAGCUGCUGGAGAGACUGAAACAACAAACACACCUUGGCAAGCUCAUGUCGAAGUCGAGUGAGAAGCCACGUCUCUGUCAGAUCCCCUCUGAGGACAUGGACUCGGAGGAGGUGGGGACGUCAUCCAGCAAUGCCAGUAAGAGCAGGGCAGAGUCACAGAGGGAGGCGGAGACCCAGGACGAGCAGCUCAGCCUUCAGCAGACCCUCAUUCUCAACCAGUCACGUCUUUGGGAGACGCAGAAACAGCUGCAGCAGCUGCGCAGACACACGGCCCAAAUGGCAUUACCCAUGAUGCUCGGUGGGAUGCACCGCCCACUGUCACGCACACAGUCCUCACCAGCCUCAACCUCACACACACUGCCUGACAAAACACUGCCCAUAGCCACGGCACCCGAGCCCAACCUCAGCCAAUCACGCUUUACCACAGGUUUGGUAUAUGACUCUCAGAUGUUAAAGCACCAGUGUACGUGUGGAGAUAACAGCUCUCACCCAGAGCAUGCUGGGAGAAUUCAGAGCAUCUGGUCUCGAUUGCAGGAGCGCGGACUGAGAGCGCAGUGCGAGAGUAUCCGUGGUCGUAAGGCGACUCUGGAGGAGUUACAGUCGGUUCAUACGGAGCGUCAUGUUCUCCUGUACGGCACAAACCCACUGAACCGCCUCAAACUGGACAACCGCAACCUCACCGGCAUUUUGUCCCAGAGGAUGUUCGUCAUGCUGCCAUGUGGAGGAGUGGGGGUCGACAAUGACACCAUCUGGAAUGAGAUGCACACCUCCACAGCAUCACGCAUGGCUGCAGGCAGCGUUACAGAACUCGCUUUCAGAGUGGCCAAGGGAGAACUGAAGAAUGGUUUCGCUGUCGUCAGACCGCCAGGACACCACGCUGACCCAUCAAACCCAAUGGGUUUUUGUUAUUUUAACUCGGUGGCCAUUGCUGCUAAACAGCUCCAGCAGAAGUUGAACGUUAAUAAAAUCCUCAUCGUUGAUUGGGAUGUUCACCAUGGAAACGGCACUCAGGAGAUUUUCUACUCCGACCCAAGUGUGUUGUACAUCUCAUUGCAUCGCUAUGACAAUGGCAACUUUUUCCCUGGCAGUGGAGGACCAGCGGAGGUGGGCUCUGGUGCAGGUGAAGGCUUUAAUGUGAACGUGGCGUUUACUGGCGGUCUCGACCCUCCGAUGGGUGACGCUGAAUAUCUCGCUGCAUUCAGGACAGUGGUGAUGCCCAUCGCUCAGGAAUUCUCCCCGGACGUGGUGCUCGUCUCAGCGGGUUUUGAUGCUGCAGAGGGACACUCGGCUCCGUUAGGGGGAUACAGAGUCACCGCCAAGUGUUUUGGGUUCCUGACCCAGCAGUUGAUGAAGUUAGCAGGAGGGCGUGUGGUUUUGGCCCUGGAGGGGGGUCACGACCUGACGGCCAUCUGUGAUGCGUCAGAGUCGUGUGUUAGUGCACUGCUGGGGCUGGAGGAUUCUUUACCAGAGGAAGUGCUGAAUCAGAAACCCAACGCUAACGCUGUGCAGUCACUACAGAAAGUCCUGCACAUACAGAGUGAGUACUGGCCGUGUGUCAGGGAGAUGUUGCUGUCAGUGUGUUCAUCGUAUGUCGGUGCUCAGAAGGGAGACAGUGAGGAAACUGCUGCAGUCAAAGCUCUCGCCUCGCUCUCAGUCGGAGUCCUAAACAAUAUUAAGAGAGUCGCUGAUGAACCAAUGGAGGACCAGGACUCCAUGUAAAUCCCGCCUACUUUUUUUCUGAAUAAAUGUCCAAUCAUGGGACAGUUCCACGUCACAUGACUGCAAGGGAGCUCAAACUCUCUCGCUGUCUUAUGACCAGCAGUGCCUUCAAUAGGAGGGGCUGUAGUGAUGUCACUUCCUGUUUAGUCCUAUGCUACUUCUCCUGUGUGAGUUUAGUGGCACGGCUAAGCUAACAGCCCCCGCCGGACCUUGUGGAUUCCAGAACUUUCCUUACAUCCACUUAUGUCAGGUGAAGGACGAGUCUUAAUGAGUCUGGAAUUAUUUUUACUUUCUUUUUUUUUUUUUUUUUUUUUUAAAGUUCAGUGUUCCUCCAUCACAUUUCGAGGAACAUUUCUGAUGGAGACUCUUUUUUACUGUUUGUCAUUGAACUGUUACGGUGUGGACAGAUUCUCCCGUCUCAAUGAUGUCACUUCCUCCAACAUUAACCACUAAAGAAGAUAAAGAAGGAGCUCGUGUUUAUUCCUCGCUCUCGUUUUGCACUGUGCAUUCCAUAAUGUGAACCAUGAUGUUUAUCUCCAAACUCUGGGAAAAGUUAUGUACAGUAACAUUUAUUACAGUGAAGCCAAGUUCACUUACACACACACACACACGCACACACACGCACGCGCACAUGGCGAUUGUUAUAAUGACCACUGUAAUGACCAAUCACUGAUCGGACAAACAGGAAGCAGCGUCUCGUUUCUGUACAUGCCAUUAGAACGUUAUGUUAAAAUCAAACAUGUGUGUUUACACUCCUACUUUUACAGGAAGUAGAGAAACAGGAAGUGGAAGUGACUAUGCAGUAGGAGCCUGUGUCAUUUCCUGUUUCACGUGAGGCCUUGAUUCAGUUCACUAACGAUAUUUAAAAUUUUUCGCACAGCUUCAGUUCUCUGUGUUUUUUUCAUUCCAGUGCAGUGGUGUGCAGAAACUGAACCGUGCUACUGUGUAUGAAUUUGGCUUAUACUAUUUUACUAUGGAAUUUAAAAAAGCUGGACAGGCAACGUCCACAAGGUUGAUAUCAGUGAUGGUGCAGAGACUCAUCAGAGACUCGUUAGAAUAAUGGUGUGAAACAAGCAGUGUUGAUGUCAGUGUGAUUAUUUUGGUUGUAAUUCAUGUCGUUCCUGUCAGUACAGCCACACGUUAAACUGUUGCAGUAGAUAAGAUCAGCUCUGUUUACACACAGAGCAACAUAAAUUGUACAGCUGUGCUCUUUAUGUCGCAUCAUCUGAAAGAAAUAAGCAGAAAUAAAGACCAUUUUAUAUAUAUAUCAUAUAUACACAUAUCCAGUACACUGAGCUUUAUGAAAGUUUACAAGUAACAUUUUUGUAUUUGCUAACGUUGACAUGACUCCAGUGAACAUAAACAUGGUGAGAUUUCAGUUUCAAUUCAGUUUUAUUUGUAUAGCACUUUUAACAAUGGACAUUUGACACCACAGUGUUUUUUUUCCAGCCAGAAGUGUGUGUGUAAAUUUACUGAAUCUGCCUUUCAAACUCGCCUUAAACUGUUUAAAUGUCUAUCAUGUAAAUUAGCGUGAAACUAGCAGCGCUGUAACGUGUCUUUUACUCUGCACUGUGAGACAGGUAGUGUUUGAGGGAAAAGAAAUUUUACAUGCACCAAAUGAAACAGACCAAAAGAUUUGUUUGUGCGAUAGAUGCUUCCUGAUUAGUCAGAUGAUAAAAAAGCAUUUGAUGUCACUUGAAGAUUCCUGAAACAAAAAUAGUUUUAAACCGCCUGUGUUCUGACGAGCGGUGUGCUGUUGGGUUCCGAGUAAAACAUGCACCUCCUCUUCAUCUUCCUCAUUUCUGUGUUAUUUCCUCAUAACAAACCACUGUGUUCCGCUGUGUGUGUGUGUGUGUGUGUGUGUGUGUGUGUUCUGACGACUCUGGGUGUGUAUUAGCCCAGGAGAACCUGCACAUCUUCACCUCUGAUUUCAGUUUAACACACGUCUCCAAGUGAGCUUCAUCAUGUUACAUUUUACAUUCAAUUGUUGAAAGUUAUUUUGACUUUGAGGACCAGUCACAGUUAAAUCUGGAGUUUAAUCCAGAGUUAAAUCUGGAGUUAAAUCUGGAGUUAAAUCUGGAGUUAAAUCUGGAGUUUAAUCUGGAGUUUAAUCUGGAGUUUAAUCCGGAGUUUAAUCCGGAAUUUCAGACGGAGUUUCAGUGUCACAGCUAAACGGCUCAUGUUUACUAAAGAAACUUGUGUUUAGUUUGAGUUGUGAAGGAAGUGAACUUUUACAUUCCUGUGCAGUAGGGGCGGUGUGUGUGUGUGUGUGUGUGUGUAUACCCUAGCUUUAUGUGUUUUUGGAUUUUACCUCCUGAGGAGUGUGUAAGUGUGUAUUCUCACUUCCUGCUCUCAACACCACAGGGAGGAAACCGACAGCCGUGUUUUCUGAUUUGUGACACGUGUAAGGACUAAAGACUAAAGACGAGCCACUAACGUCUUAAUUCCCUAUCAUUUUUUCAUAUCUUGUAAUUUUUCAUUCUAAAGCCUUAAUGUAAAUAUCACUGCAAGACCAAAAAUCAUUUCUGCGUGCCUUUAUCUGUCACUAAGAGAUCAUUAAUGAUUUUAUUCAUUUCUUGCUUUUUUAUGCCUGUGUAUAGAAAAGAAUCUCUAUUUUGUACUUUCUGUCUCUUUCAAAUAAAAUAAAGCAUUUUGUUUAACUGAA